AUGUCAGAAAUCCGGGUGGUGCAUCCUACACCUGACGUAAAGCGUGGCGUACAAUACUGGGAAGGCGUCGAGGCAAGCGUCGAUGGGGUUCUCGGUGGAUUCGGCCACGUCUCUCGAGUGGAGUCGUUAGGGACUCGCUCCUUCCUUCUCGGCUUACUGCCACACCUUUCCUUUUGUGCUCCUGCGUCGUCCAACGUCUCUUCAGCACAAUGGAAGAAGGAUAGAGUCGCAGAGAGGGGUGGUAAGGGUAAAGCACGCACUCGUGCUCUCGAUUGCGGUGCAGGUGUAGGACGUGUGACACAGCACAGCCUACUCCCCAUCUUUGACCAGGUACACAUGGUCGAGCCCGUUGCCAAGUUUCUCCAAGAAGCCAAGAUCCAGUCCAAAUCAUGGCCCCAAAUCUUAACGCCGCCUAGCAAGUCUCCCUUCCAAGCACGCAAAGCGGUUCACUUUCACUGCUCGACGCUGCAAGACUUUGAACCAGGUCGCCCGUAUUCUUCUUCUACACGCGUACACGAUCGAGACAUUGCACCCACCGUGUCCGUCGACGAUGAACUGCAACUUCCUACUGCUACACAGGAAGCGCCAAAAGUGGAUCAGGAUGGUGUAGCAGGGUCGGAAGCAGAGCCAGUGACCUAUGACCUGGUGUGGGCGCAGUGGUGCCUGCAGCAUCUCUCCGACAAAGACUUGAUAUCUUUUCUCCAGCGUUCGAAAGCAGCGCUCAAGGACGGCGGCAUCAUUGGUGUAAAGGAGAACGUAUGCACAGAAGAAGCCGACGGCACCGAGCGCGUCUGGUACGACGACGAGGACCACAGUAUCACACGUUCGACUAAGGCUUACGAACGUGUCUUUCAGCAAGCUGGUCUCGAAAUUGUCAAGUGCGAGGUUCAAUUUGGUAUGCCAGCCGAGCUGUUUGUUGUCAAGAUGUGGGCCUUGCGUUAG